AUGACGGCAGGACCACAACACCGUCAACAGCAGCAACCGAUGACGGCAGGACCACAACACCGUCAACAGCAGCAGCCGAUGACGGCAGGACCACAACACCGUCAACAGCAGCAGCCACCGCCAUUUGGACGAUCGAGGGAAGCUGUAUACGACGCUCGCGGAGCUAUACUCAAGCAAGGGCAGACGGCUGCCUGGCAAGAGACGCGGCCGACUCCACGAGUCCCACCGAAGCCACCCCGGAGAGCACCCGAUCCAGCCGAGAGCUUUUUCAACAGUCCAGACGGUUCCACCGAGACUGAGGAAAUGCGUAGAGAUGACUGCUGCCGAUCCGUGGACACCGCCUCCACGCUGCCCAGUGCCGCCGCCCGAGCUGAGAGCCCAGAGCCGCAGCGUGCCGCCUUAGUACCGCCCGUGCCGCCACUUCAGCGCCGUCCGAGUUGGGAGCCGCAGCGCCGCCGCCCACGCCACCUUAGCACCGCCAGUGCGCCGCUUCAGUGCCGAUCCGUGGACACCGCCUCCACGCUGCCCAGUGCCGCCGCCCGAGCUGAGAGCCCAGAGCCGCAGCGUGCCGCCUUAGUACCGCCCGUGCCGCCACUUCAGCGCCGUCCGAGUUGGGAGCCGCAGCGCCGCCGCCCACGCCACCUUAGCACCGCCAGUGCCGCCGCUUCAGUGCCGUUCCGUGGACACCGCCUCCGCGCUGCCCAGUGCCGCCGCUUCGGUGCCGAUCCGUGGACACCGCCUCCGCGCUGCCCAGUGCCGCCGCCAGUGCCCCGCCUUAGCACCGCCCGUGCCGCCGCUUCAGCGCCGUCCGAGUUGAGAACCCAGAGUCGCCAGGACAGCGUGCCGCCCGCUCCGACGCCGAAGCCGCCAAGGGCUAGUCCGGUUGUCUCUGUUUUCCGCUUGGCCGUAUCCCGGGUCCGGGAUUGGUGCAACACAGGAGCUGUGACCAAAGGGGGGAACGGGGAAGAAGCCCGGUAA